AUGACUCAGUCGUGCUCCAGUUGUUUGCGCGCAUACCGGCACGUGGUGGUGGCCCUAAGGGGCGGCUGUGUGGGGGCCAGUGGUGUUUAUAGCCAAAAUCGCAACAGCAGAUCAGCAUCUGCCGGCCUCCUCUCCGCAACCAACUCGCCCUUCGCGGGUCUUGCGUCGGCCCUGAUGUUUCGGGACAAAUCUGCUGCACAGUGCUGUGGCAUCGUUGGCUACAUUGGCACAGGUAAUGUGGAGCCCGUGCUGAUGGAGGGAAUUGAGACCCUUCAAAACAGGGGAUACGAUAGCUGCGGCAUGACGACCAUUGACAACGAGGGGCAGCUUAUCACAACGAAGUUCGCCAGCAGAGGCUCAACUAGCGACUGCAUCCAGCUGCUGAAAACUGAGGCUCCCGCCGUUCACGGGGGGCACCAUAUUGGAAUAGCCCACACGCGCUGGGCAACGCAUGGGGGGAAGACAGAUACAAAUGCGCAUCCUCACAUGGAUUGGAAGAAGCGGAUUUCACUUGUGCACAACGGAACAAUAGACAACUUCGCUCAGCUUAAAAAGGACCUGAUUUCGAAAGGCUGUGAAUUUCUGACACAGACAGAUACGGAGGUGAUUGCCAACCUUAUUGGCCACCAUCUGGAUGAAGGACUCUGCUUCGAAGACGCCGUGGCGGAGAGCGUCUCGCAGCUACAGGGCACAUGGGGCCUCUGCGUGAUUCACAAGGACUAUCCAGACCGCAUUGUGCUCGCGCGCAACGGAUCCCCUCUUCUUGUUGGCAGCAGCGAUGGGCAAGUAUUCAUAGCGUCCGAGCCGGCAGCCUUGGCGAGGCAUACCAGUCAGUACCUGAUGCUGCAGGACGGGGAAAUUGCAAUCGUGACGAGCAGGGGCAUCGACCAACUGCUGGAAUCUCGAGAUGUGCACCGGAUUUCAACGGAGACAGUGGAGAUAUCUCCAGACCCUUUUCCUCACUGGACUCUUAAGGAGAUAUAUGAGCAGCCACAGAGUCUGGCCCGCGCCUUGAACUAUGGAGGGAGGAUAAUGGCGCAUGGAAACCGCGUGAAGCUGGGGGGCUUGGAUCAAAACACGGACUUACUUGCAAUUAAGAACCUGUUGCUUGCAGGGUGUGGCACAUCCCUCUAUGCGGGGAUGUACGGGGAACAGUUGAUGCAGUGGCUGGCAUGUUUCGAUCAAGUGCGCGCAGUGGAUGCCACUGAGCUGGAGCAGCACUCUCUUCCCAAGCACGACGCCGGCAUUCUUCUACUUUCACAAUCCGGGGAGACACUAGAUACCAUCCGAGCUUGCCAGGUCGCCGACGAACACGGUGUGAGAAAGUUCUCCAUCGUUAACUCUGUCGGCUCCCUCCUUGCCCGCAUGACGUCUUGUGGAGUGUACCUAAACGCGGGAAGGGAAGUCGCCGUGGCAUCUACAAAAGCUUUCACCUCGCAGGUAACAGUCCUCGCCUUGGUCUCCAGUUGGUUCUGGCAGAACCUCCGGAGUGAGGAGUACCCGGACCGGUGCAAUGCGCUCCUAGACGCCCUGCACCGUUUGCCAGUCUACGCCGGCAUGACUCUUAAUUGCCACAGCACAUGCAAGCGGAUCGCUGAAAAGCUGAAAGAUGCACAGACUUUGUUUGUGCUCGGCAAAGGUUUUGGCUACCCCGUUGCGCUCGAGGGAGCUUUGAAGAUAAAAGAGAUAUCCUACAUUCACGCUGAAGGAUUUGCAGGGGGAGCGCUGAAGCACGGUCCGUUUGCUCUUAUAGAUGACCAGAAACGUACACCGGUCAUAAUGAUUGUCUUGGCGGACCAGCAUGCUGCGUUGAUGAUAAAUGCAGCGCAGCAAGUGAAAGCGAGAGGGGCAUAUCUCGUCUGCAUUACGGAUAUUCCCGAGCUUGUACAAGACGUAGCAGAUGACUACAUUGUUGUUCCAAGCAAUGGACCGCUUACGGCGCUGCUUUCAGCUAUCCCCCUCCAGCUUCUGGCAUACGAACUCUCUGUGGGCAAGUCUAUCAACCCCGACAAACCCAGGGGGCUUGCGAAGACAGUAACAGUCAGCUAG